AUGCAGGAGCACCAAUGUACACAAUCAUAUCCCACCCGCAGCGCAGGCGAUGAUCGAAGACUCUAUCAACCUCCGCAAUACCAGCACCUCGCACCGACGUUUGUGUCUCCCAACGAUCACCACUCCCCGCCUCCUUAUUCUGGGCCUGCAAAGUCAAAUGAAACAUCCGUCCAGUUUCGCAACCAGUACUACGACCCUCCAUCCCCGACGCAGUACAAUCUUCAUCAUCAAUCUACAAAGUCAAAUCAAACAUCCCCCCGGUUUCGCAACAAAUACUACAACCCUCCAUCCCCACCGAAAAACUACUCUCACAUUCCGCCCGCUCGGCCAUACCGGCCAUCUGCCUCUCCCACUUCGCCCAGCCCAAGCCAUGGACAAAUCCUCAUCUGCGUCGUCACCCAUCUUGAGCACUCGGCUUUUUGCGUGUCCCCCGUCUUCAACCAUGGCGGAAUCUCGGACGCUUCUACCAGCCCUACUCCUCAAUGGUCCUUUGAUACUACUCACUCCACUAACCCGAUCUUGCCAACCAGUCAUCUACUCCUUCCCGAAUACUCGACUGAGAAGCCUUCGCUGCAGAGCUAUUCCAAUACUCACCCUGCUCCAAAUGAUGUGUUUUCGCCACUUUCCUCUGAAGCUUCGAAAUAUCCCUCGCCGCUCCUCCGCCAAUCGACUGAUUCCCCUUUACAAAAGGUGGAGUCGCGGCGAUCCUUGCACUCAUACAGCUACAAAGACGAUGACAUCGACCCUACAGCUCUUGUGCAGAUCGCCCGGGAUUUCCAAAACAAAAUCAGCCUUUCGGAGAACGAGAUGAGCGGUAUCUCGUAUCCCGAUUCCUUCAACGGCCGUACGGCCGUGACAACUUUGAUGACCAUUCUCAAGACCACCGAUCGCUCGCUGGCCCUGAAGGCUGGCGAAAUGCUCAGCUAUCAAAAGCUCUUCCGCGAUGUCGUUUACUUGGACCUUGGGCUUCUGAUGGAUAGCGAUACUGAGCUCUAUCGACUAGAAAUAUCGACCUUAGAUAACCUGAUUGCAAAGAGUGCAUCCCACUCCCAACAGCACCCCGAAACCCAUCUGGAUCUUCAGCAGGAUCCUUGGGAGACCUGCGUGUCUCGCACCGUCUUCGACAGCAUGCCAAAGGAAGAAAAGAAGCGACAGUUUAUGAUCCACGAGAUCAUCGCGACAGAGCGAAACUACAUCAACUCCCUGCGCUUGGCACUCGAGGGAUUUGUCGAGCCCUUGCGCAGUAGCAACGAUUUGCACAUUUCUGAAAAAGAAAACUUUAUCCGAAACGUGUUUUUGAACAUGUCUGAGAUUUUCACGAUCGGGCAAGAGCUCUAUGAGCGUCUGUAUGAGCGCCAGCAGGCCGACAAGUACGUCAUUCACGAGAUUGGAGAUAUCUUCCUCGAGUUUGUUCCCCGCUUCGAGUGCUACUUCCAGUAUUCCUCGGGCCACGUCUAUGGUAUUGAGAUGUUCAAGAAGGAGAAGAGCAAGAACAGCGCCUUCAGCGCACGUCUUGAGGCAAAGUCAAAGUCGCUUCCCCUUGAAAGUACCUUGAUUAGCCCCACCACUCGCCUUGGUCGCUACGGCCUCUACCUCAAGGACCUUAUCAAGUAUUCGCCCAAGGACUCUCAAGAGCUCCAGAACAUCGAGACGGCUAACCGCAUGAUCAAGGAUCUCACCCAGCGUAUCAACGAAGAGAACCGAAAGCAGCAAGAUCGCCUCACUUUGAGCACGCUAAACUCUAAAUUGGCGUGCGAGGAAGAUGUUGAUCAGGAUCUGCGCCUGAUGGACGACGAUCGUCGAAAGAUUCGUGAAGGUGCCGCCUCGCUGAUUCGAGCUGGCGAGAUCAAGGUCUACGUGUAUCUCCUUGACCAUGUGCUCCUGUUAACCACCGUGCGUCGUGAAAAGAUGGUACUCUAUGAGAAUCCCAUUUUACUGGAUCUGAUCAAGCCUGAGAGUAUCCAGACCCGCGCCGGACACAGCUCCGAACAUGGGCACUUGUCACUCGAAACUCACUCUGGCGAGCGGUUCGACUUGAAGUUUUCUCACAGCAUCGAUGCCACUGCGUGGGCCACUGAUAUUCGCAACCAGAUCCAAAAACACAACGAGCAGGUCGAGCAAACCCCGGGCACACUCGUCCCCAAGAAGCUUGGCGAUCUUCCGCCCAACACAGUAGCCAAUUAUGAAGGCGUCAACUACGAUGAGAUCGUUGGCACGGGCGUGCUGCGCGGCAAGCUCAUCGUUGCCACCAAGAAGGGUGUCUUUAUGGGGCCAGAGUCCAGCGCCACUCCUUCAGUCGAGACAGACAGAGCCGUUCUGAACUCUGUCUUUGGCUCAAGCUUCAAGAAGAUUCUCAGCUCCGCGAGCGGUGAUAUCAACUUUGUUCAAACAAUCGAGACAAGACACGAUGACCUGAUGAUUAUUCGACAGGACAAAACCGUAUAUCUGUAUCCUGUCACCAAGCAGACCACAUCCGAUCCCUCGGUCAUGGCCGGCGCCGCUUUCAAGCUCAACUCUGACGUGGACCUGAUCCAAACUGGUAUUUGCGGCAACCGAAACUUGAUUGUGCUCACCAAGGUUGCAUUUGCCUUGAAGGACAACACCGUCCGUAUCUGGGACGCAACUGAGAAGGCCGAGGUUCAGAAGGGCCUGUUCAGAAAGGAGACGGUUCCUGCCAAGAAGUUCGAGGACCAUUACCAUCCAUCCAAAAUACUCUCGGUGGAUUUUAUGGGCCAGAUCCUGUGUCUGGGCUCCGUGAAGGGCUAUGAAAUGCUGCGCGUCGACGUUCUGAACAAUGAAUAUGCCAAACCGGAUGCCCUCCUCCGACCCGACGAUCCCAAUUUCGCCUUCAUCACAAAACGUGAGUCGGUGCAUACCCACGGCAUCUUCAAGAACCAGAGUACCGGCGACUUUUUGCUCUGCUACGACGACAUCGGCGUCAUGAUUGACAAGAAUCGAUAUAGCACAAAGCCACCAUGGAAGAUUAAGUGGUUGGCCAAGCCCCAGGCCUUUGCCGUCAUCCAGGACUCCCUUAUCGUCUUUGGCAACCGGCUGAUCGAAGUCCGCCGACUGUCUGACGGCAAGCUGCUGCAGCUGUUCCCUAUCUCGUCGAGCAGCUAUAGUUGGCGUGUGGUAAACCCUGCGCUGGGCCAUGUUGUGUGCCUGAUGCCAAACGGCACCCAGCAGCUCAUGAAGCUCUGUCCGCGAUCCGCCGCUGCCUAUCUGUAUGCCUUUGUUACUGCUGCCCCUUUGGCAUUCCCAGUUUUUACCGCACAUUCAGCUUGCAGCAUUUCCAAUUUCAAGCUGGACUCCACCUAUUGCGAACGAUGGUCGCUUUAUCCCAAUACCUGA